UGCAUCCCUAAGGAUUUAAUUUAACUGGAAGUCCGUGCGAUUCGCCGUCGGAGAAACUGUACGGAGUUCCCUUCGCUCCGAAUUUUCUGGGUCUCAAGUGAAAGUUAAGCUUUGACGACCUCUGGAAUUGUGGUACGAGUGACUGGAAGAUCUGAUUUUGUUGGCAGUGUAAACUAAUGGGGAAAGGGGGUGAAGAUUCCGGGAAAAGGGAGAGUUACAGUUCUAAGCCCUUGAAAUCAGAUGCGUUUCCUGCUUGGGCUAAAGAUGUUCGUGAAUGCGAAAAGAAAUUCGGUGUUAGCCGCGAAAAGGGUUUAUUGACGGAUGAAGUGGAGAAGCGUCGACAGAUCUAUGGAUUGAAUGAAUUAGAGAAGCCCGAAGGAACAUCUAUUUUCAAGCUGGUUUUGGAACAGUUUAACGACACAUUGGUCCGGAUUCUAUUGGCGGCGGCUAUUAUAUCCUUUGUCUUGGCUUUGUAUGAUGGCGAGGAAGGAGGUGAGGUGGGGAUCACUGCUUUCGUGGAGCCACUCGUGAUUUUCUUGAUAUUGAUUGUUAACGCCAUCGUGGGGAUUUGGCAAGAAAGCAAUGCCGAGAAGGCAUUGGAGGCUUUGAAGGAAAUACAAUCUGAGCAGGCAUCUGUGAUUCGUGACAGGAAGAAAGUAUCUAACUUGCCUGCGAAAGAGCUUGUUCCCGGUGAUAUUGUCGAGUUGAGAGUUGGUGAUAAAGUGCCUGCUGAUAUGCGUGUACUGGCAUUGAUCAGUUCCACGCUUAGAGUCGAGCAGGGGUCCUUGACUGGAGAGAGUGAGGCAGUGAGCAAGACCACCAAGCCCGUGGAUGAGAAUACCGAUAUUCAGGGUAAGAAAUGUAUGGUGUUUGCGGGUACCACCGUUGUGAACGGGAACUGCAUAUGCUUAGUUACGGAAACUGGGAUGAAUACCGAGAUAGGAAGGGUGCAUUCCCAGAUCCAGGAAGCCGCACAAAGUGAGGAAGACACCCCUCUGAAGAAAAAACUGAACGAAUUUGGCGAGGUUCUAACCAUGAUCAUUGGGGUAAUUUGUGCCUUGGUUUGGCUUAUCAAUGUCAAAUACUUUCUUUCCUGGGAGUACAUUGAUGGCUGGCCCAGAAACUUUAAGUUCUCUUUCGAGAAGUGCACAUAUUACUUCGAGAUUGCUGUAGCAUUGGCAGUUGCCGCAAUCCCAGAAGGACUGCCAGCAGUUAUUACCACAUGCUUGGCCCUUGGCACACGGAAGAUGGCUCAGAAGAAUGCUCUCGUUAGGAAGUUGCCCAGUGUCGAGACCCUUGGCUGCACGACCGUGAUAUGUUCUGAUAAAACCGGAACAUUGACAACCAAUCAGAUGGCUGUUUCAAAGCUUGUUGCUUUGGGUUCCAGAGUUGGCACCCUUAGGUCUUUCAAUGUGGAAGGGACAACAUAUGAUCCUCAAGAUGGGAAGAUUGAAGAUUGGCCAACGGGUCGAAUGGAUGCAAAUCUCCACAUGAUUGCCAAAAUUGCUGCCAUUUGCAAUGAUGCUGGUGUCGAGCAAACUGGACAUCACUAUGUGGCAACUGGCAUGCCUACGGAGGCAGCCCUGAAGGUGUUGGUUGAGAAAAUGGGAUUUCCUGAAGGAUUGAACAAGGCAUCAUCUCUGGCUGAUGGAGAUGUUUUGCGUUGUUGCCGUUUAUGGAGUGAACUAGAGCAAAGGAUUGCUACUCUAGAAUUUGAUCGUGACCGGAAAUCAAUGGGAGUUAUUGUCAAUUCCAGCUCCGGCAAAAAACUGCUACUGGUCAAGGGUGCUGUAGAAAACGUACUUGAAAGGAGUACACAUAUUCAGUUACUUGACGGCUCCAUUGAAGAACUAGAUCAGUACUCAAAGGAUCUUAUUUUACAAAAUCUACACGAAAUGUCUACGAGUGCACUACGAUGUCUUGGAUUUGCAUACAAGGAUGUUCCAUCUGAGUUCGCCACUUAUGAUGGGAGUGAAGACCACCCUGCUCACCAGCUUCUCCUUAACCCAUCUAACUAUGCUUCUAUAGAGACUGAUCUCGUAUUCGUCGGAUUAGUUGGUUUGAGGGAUCCUCCUAGGAAAGAGGUACGCCAAGCGAUUGCUGACUGCAGAACAGCUGGAAUCCGUGUUAUGGUCAUUACCGGGGAUAACAAGAGCACAGCAGAAGCAAUUUGCCGUGAAAUUGGUGUGUUUGAAGCAGAUGAAGAUAUCUCAACCACAAGCUUGACCGGGAAAGAAUUCAUGGAGCUUAAGGACCAAAAGAAUCAUCUAAGACAGUCUGGAGGGCUUCUGUUCUCAAGGGCUGAACCUAAGCAUAAACAAGAAAUCGUUAGAUUGCUCAAAGAAGAUGGAGAAGUGGUCGCCAUGACUGGAGAUGGUGUUAAUGAUGCCCCCGCCCUGAAGUUGGCCGAUAUUGGUGUAGCUAUGGGCAUUGCCGGUACUGAGGUUGCAAAAGAGGCCUCAGACAUGGUCCUAGCAGACGAUAACUUCAGCACUAUUGUUGCAGCUGUCGGUGAAGGCAGGUCCAUCUACAACAACAUGAAGGCCUUCAUCCGGUACAUGAUCUCUUCCAACAUCGGUGAAGUUGCCUCAAUAUUCUUGACAGCUGCCCUCGGGAUUCCCGAAGGCAUGAUCCCGGUUCAGCUUCUGUGGGUGAAUCUUGUAACAGAUGGUCCUCCAGCCACAGCUCUGGGAUUCAACCCUCCAGACAAAGACAUCAUGAAGAAACCACCUCGUAGAAGCGACGACUCCCUCAUCACCCCCUGGAUCCUUUUCCGCUACCUGGUGAUUGGUACAUAUGUCGGUGUUGCUACCGUCGGAGUGUUCAUCAUAUGGUACACCCACAACUCGUUCAUGGGCAUCGACUUGAGCCGAGAUGGCCACAGCCUCGUCACCUACACCCAGCUCGCGAACUGGGGCCAAUGCCCGUCAUGGGAAGGCUUCAAAGUCUCUCCUUUCUCAGCCGGAUCCCAGACAUUCUCGUUCGACUCAAACCCGUGCGAAUACUUCCAACAGGGUAAAAUCAAGGCAUCCACUCUGUCCCUCUCGGUCUUGGUGGCCAUUGAGAUGUUCAAUUCGCUAAACGCGCUCUCAGAAGACGGAAGCCUCUUGACGAUGCCGCCAUGGGUGAACCCUUGGCUGCUCCUGGCAAUGUCAGUGUCCUUUGGGCUCCACUUCUUGAUACUCUACGUUCCAUUCUUGGCUCAGGUCUUUGGGAUUGUGCCGUUGAGCUUAAACGAGUGGCUUCUGGUUUUGGCGGUGUCGCUUCCAGUGAUUCUGAUCGAUGAGGUUCUGAAAUUCGUCGGGCGACAUACGAGCAGCCUCCGUCACUCUGCUCGGACCGCUAAGCAGAAGGAAGAGUAAGGAGUCGGACUCUCUGAUGCCGAAGUAGACGGAGUAACGCUGAUACAAUUUUAUUAGAAACAAUUUCAUUUAUUACAUGACAUUUUCUCUGUCUAGAUUUUAUUUUAUUUUUUACCAUUUCCAGACAAGUGACUUCCGUUGCUCUUCUUGCUAUGUAACUCCUUUUGUUCUCUGGUUUAAAAAUACAUUUUUGUUGCUGA